GAGUGUGUGUGGACACAUGAGUAGAGAGAGACGGACCUGACAGCGAGUGUGGAGUGGAUCCGGUCAGUCAUGUUCUGUGCUCAUCCUGUCUCUGGCGCAGACAGCAGCUCAUCCAUGUUCUGCUACAACAUGAAACCGAUUUAUGGCCAGCCUCUCAGUAUGGACAGCUUCAACCAGAGCUCGCUGCCAUCAAACAAGACCCCCAACAAUGUGUUUGCAAACGCCUUCUUUGAAGGGAUGAGCGGUUCGCCUGACAUCUGGAAUGCUGUGAAUGGGCUCAGCCAGCAGGGCUAUGAAGGAGCGCUGGGAGUCAGCACUAACCACCAGCCCCAGGCGGGCAGCUACAGCAACCUGCCGCCGGCACACAGUCACCUGAACUUCUCUCCGCAUUCGGUGAUGGCUGCUGACAUGAACAGAGGUCUUCCACCCAUGUCCACCUUUCAUCGCAACAACACGGUUCCUCGCACUCCGUCAGUCAACACCUCAGAGCACUCAACAGUCUCAGGAAGCCAUGGAAAUGUGUCAGGAGCGUCCCAGACAGGAGACACGCUGGGAAAAGCUCUGGCCUCUAUUUAUUCCCCGGAUCACACCAGCAGCAGCUUCCCCUCCAGCUCCUCCACACCCGUCAGGUCUCCAUCCCCGCUGCCGACUGAAGCUACAGGUACCAACAUGUGGUCUCGCAGUUCAGUUCAGGCCCCCGUCUCACCGCACUACGAGUCCUCGCUUAUAUCCAUGUCUCAAGUGGAGGACCGUCUGGACAGACUGGAUGAUGUCAUCCAUGUCCUGAGGAACCACGCUGUGGGCCCCACGGCUGGGCUGACCACCGACCUCCACGGCUUGCUGAACAAGCCGCACCACAUCCACCCGGGCUCGGGCAACUCUUUACCCCUCACGUGUCACGCUUCAGCCAUGGUUGAUGGCGUCAUGAUGAACAACAAUCACUCAUCUUUCCAGAGCAGCACACAAAACGCCCACCCAUUCCUGGCCAGGCAGAGGGCCACGCUCCUGCAGGACGGAGGAGGAGUUCAGGACAACCUGGAGCUGAAGAUGGAAAGCAGGGAGAGGGAGGAGACGAUGCACACCAGCCAUGGCCACAGCUCUGACAGCCCGAGAUCAGACGAGGAGAGCGAACACAAAACAAAUGGAGAAAACAGCACGAGGAGCAGCAUCCAUGAGGACGAGGAUCUGAGCCCGGAGCAGAAGGCCGAGCGCGAGCGCGAGAGGAGGAUGGCCAACAACGCCCGCGAGCGCCUGCGAGUGCGGGACAUCAACGAGGCCUUUAAGGAGCUGGGCCACAUGUGUCAGCUGCACCUGAAGAGCGAGAAGCCCCAGACCAAACUGCUGGUGCUGCACCAGGCCGUGGCUGUGAUCCUGAGCCUGGAGCAGCAGGUCAGAGAAAGGAACCUGAACCCCAAGGCGGCGUGUCUGCGAAGACAGGAGGAGGAGAAGGCCUCCGUCGUCAUGACAGACCCACAAUCUGUGCACCUCACUUUCCAUCCAAGUCUGAGCGACCCGUCAAACCCCAUGGGCCACCUCUGAGCGCCUGGUUCUGACAGCUUAAAGCUUGCCAUCAAAUGCUGGAUGAUGAACGUCCAGCUCCGUUGGGCGUCCGGCGUUUCCUGUAAAUUCAGAGCGAGCACUGACAUGUGACGCAGUCGAACAAUCAUCUCCUCUCCUCCCAAACGGAUUUUUAACUCGGUGCCUAUAAACUCUUCUUGUAAACCGGACGAAUGCAUUGUAAUCUGCAGAUGUUUUGUAUAUAUUUUGUAUAUUUAUUUCUGUUUCAGCACUUGGACAAAAAAGGGCAGAUUCAAACGGGUUUGUGACUCACAUUUUUAGUGCAUCUUUUACUGCAGCCUGCAUGGUAGUACGGGUGGUUAGGACUGUUGCCUCGCAGCAAAUAGGUCGCAGGUUUGACUCCCAGAUGAAGCUUUUUUUGAGUGAAGCUUGUUUUAUUCCCUCAUGCCUGUCUGGGUUUUCUUCUACAGCCCAAAAAACAUGCAGGUUAGCUUAACUGGCAACUCUAAAUUGUCACUAUGAAUGAUCUCGUUCAGCUUUAUGUGACCCUGUAAUGGACUGGUGACCCAUCCAAGCUACAGCCCACCUCUCACCCACUGACCGCUGGAGACAUGCGCCAGCUUUUGACGACUCUAAACAGAAAGUGGGAGAAAGAAAUGAAUCGCUGGAUGAGUUAUUUAGGCUGCUGCAUAAACCUUCCAAUGAGAUCACAUUUGUGUUUUCAGACAUGUUUCAGUUUUACUGCAGUGUGUGUGUGUGUGUGUGUGUGUGUGUGUGUGUGUGUGUGAUAUUGCAGGGAUUUGAGCAUUCUGUGAAUGAACAAAUCCUCCAAGAAUGUUAUUUAGCAUCUGAUAUCGUCUGAAAAUGUGUUUUAUUUUGUGUGCACUGUUGAAAGGUGGACAGAAUCCCACUUCUCAGCAAAAUGAAUCCCCUCCAAAAAAUAGUCAAACAAGCUUGGCACCGGUUUGAGCUUUUACUAGAACAGUCAGGGCUUUUUUUAUUUUUAAUUUAUAAGUUACCUUUUAAUUGUGAAUUUAAUGAUGUCUCUGGUUGCGUUUGUUAAUUGUUUCCCUCAUGAGGACUGUUUCUGUGACGUUUAGAUGUAACCACAUUAUAUCCUCUGAGCAUCACGGUGAUGUAGAGCAAGUGAUGUGUGGACAAAAUAAAUCUGACGUACUCAUGACAUAUUAUGUACAGGAUGUGUACAGUUUGAGUUAAAGGCAUGUGUCUAUAUAACAAUGUAGCAAUAAAUGUCUUUUUCAAAUCUU